AUGGGACCUCGAACACGAAGGCGAAGAACAAAGCACGCCAUAGAUACUCACCAACCGCCUGCGCCACCUCCCCCGGCACCCUCAAAGACUUUCACUAUUGACUUUGAAGUCUCUACUCAAACAGAGGUGGACGACAACUUUGAUAAUCUGCGCGACACUCAUGCGCAAUUCAUGGACUCGAUGUUCCCUUUGGAUGGAGAUACAGAUCUCGGUAGCCUUGAAGACUCGCCUCUCACAUGCUUCCCUACACCUUCUUCAUCUCAUACGCAUUCAAUUCAAUCUUUACAUGCAAAGCCUCAGUUCAACCUCGAUUCUGCUGAGUCAUUGUUGGCUUCCUUUAGAAGGAUGCUGAUUCACUACCCUUGCAUUGUUCUGAUGCCCGAAGAGACAGUGGCCAGUCUUGCUGCGACGAAACCUUUCGUUCUCUUGGCUAUUCUGGCUGCUGCUUCCGGGUCGCGGACUUUACAAGGACACACCCUCUACGAUGAAGAGUUCCGUAAAGUUCUGGGCCUCAAGUUUGUCGCCGGCGGCGAAAGGAGUAUGGACUUACUACAAGGCAUUAUGAUCUACUGUGCUUGGUAUCCAUUCCAUCUCAGACCAAAGAACAGACAGGCCUUCCAAUACUAUCGAAUGGCCGGUGAUCUCGUAACUGAUCUCGAACUCGACCAAGAGCCAGCCCAUCUUGGUAGCGCAAUCCCUGGAGAAAUGAGCAGUGCGCAGCUCGACCGGCUACGGGUGUAUCUGGCAUACUACUACGCCGUGUCAAACUACAUGUUCAUGUUCAAGAAGAAAGAUAAUCUAAUUCCCGCGUGGACGACCUGGACAGAAACCUGCUGCGACCUUUUGCAACGACAUGCCGAAGUCGAUGGGGAUGUUUCGUUGAGUUAUCUCACCAGGCUGGCAAGCAUGACGAACACGGCAAAUAAUUCUGUACGCGACAACGAUCCUCAGGUCAAUCAGCAGGUUCAGCUUAUGCUUCUUGGGCUGGAGACACAGCAUAGAGAGAUGAAAGAAGCUAUGGUGCCACAUCUUUCGCGCUCUGCACCCGUGAAACUUGCCUCUCUUUUCUUUGACAUCUUCCUCCAAGGUGGCUCCAUAUUCUAUCUCGCCCGUAUCAACACAAAAAAGCCUAGCUUCACCAACCCGUCACCAACUCGCCUCGUUCGCUGUGUGAACAACAUCCGCACUCUCUUCGACCAUCUCAUGAACCUCGAGAACUUUACAUGCUUCACCAGCGUUGACUGGACAAAGUUUAUUCUAUCCGUCAUACUCGCAGUUUGUCUCUCAUUUCCUAUUGCUGACGUUCCGGACUGGGACCAUGCCUGGGCACGCUCACAUUUGCGUUUCGGCGAGUUCCUCGAGGUCAUGACCGAGGGCCCUGAGGAUCUUACACCGGCGAGCAAACGUGUAGAUGUGUUUUCUGCAAGUCGAGUUAUACUCCGUGUGCUCAAGACGAAAUACAACCGGCGUGUAGCCAUACUGACAGCACCAGUUCUGGACGAACCUCUGGGACAUCAAGGGUGUCCCAUGUUUGAUAAAGAUAUGCAACCUUACGUAACCGCGUGGGACGCUGGUUUCGACGUUCAAUAUGUGCUCCCUGCGCAUAACCCCAACACCGAGGGACAGCAGCCCAUGUAUCAUGACCUCUGGGCGACCAUGACUAUGAGCUGGGCGAAUGAUGACAACACAAUGGGGUCUUGA